UGCCUGCUGGGUGCAACUAGUGCCAGCCUUCCAAGUUCCGACACCAUCGGUCUGUACCUGUUGCCUCGUUUCGACGUGUCAGUUGUCAUGGCUAUCACCGGGAGUUGGAGCACGUCAUGUCGACGAAGGAAGGAGCGAGAAGGAAGGGAUUGGAUCGAUGGUGCAUGGGCGCCGAGCUCUUCCUGCGCCUGGAAACGAGCUCCACCGCCCACCCGCCCCUUUCCCACCCCGCAUAAAUGGGUCUCACCGUUCCCCCUUCUUCUGAUCACCCAUCACCCCCACCCCAUCGAUCGACCAUGACGCCGCCGCUGCAGUCCAUCGUGGUCGCCCUGCUGGCCCUCGCCGGCGUCGCGUCCGCCGAGAAGGGCGGGGGCUUCGUCGUCACCGGAAAAGUGUACUGCGACCCCUGCCGCGCCGGCUUCGAGACCAACGUCUCCACCAGCGUGCCCGGUGCGACGGUGAAGGUGGAGUGCCGGCCGUUCAGCGGCGGCAAGGAGACCCUCAAGGCGGAGGCGACGACGGACGCGUUUGGGUGGUACAAGGUGGAGGUCGACCAGGACCACCAGGAGGAGAUCUGCGAGGUGGUGCUGGCCAAGAGCUCCGACCCGGCCUGCUCCGAGAUCGAGAAGUUCCGCGACCGCGCGUGCGUCCCGCUCACCAGAAACAACGGCAUCAAGCAGGAGGGCAUCCGGUACGGCAACGCCAUCGCAUUCUUCCGCAAGGAGCCGCUCAAGGACUGCGGAUUCGUCCUCCAGCAGUACGACCUCAAGGACGCGCCCGAGACCCCAUGAUCCAUUCAUUUACCAAGAACAACGCACGCACGCACGUACAUACUGAAUUCAUAUAACUGAUGGGGUCCUCGACGGCUGGCCGGCCGGCCACUCGAUCCGUUCGGGCCGGCACGGUUGUUAAAGCACGCAAGGCGCCGGAGGGGUGUACGUAGGUGCGUCCGCCGGCGUCGGAGAAGACGAUAAACAUGUUUAAUUAUGACUCACUCGUUUUUUAUUCUACACUGCGAGGGCAGGAAUAAUGGCCUCGACAAUCUAAUCUGUUGGGCCUGAAUUUGCAGAUGCUGCUCUGCCUUAAUUUCCUAUUCUCCUUGUGUUCUUCUUUGAGGAUCUGGACCCUGUAUUUCUUGUACGCUAGAUAGGGCAGGCUAUAAUAAAUCUGGGCCAACCUAUACAUCGUGCUUGGUGUGGGAUUAUAUAUGAUAC